AUGGAGAACACCACUUACAAUAUCCCGGAGUCUCAGACGGCAAUCCUCCAGCAUGAAGGUGGGGUCCUGAAAAUCACCUCCGAUAUGCCAGUUCCAGUGAUCAGUCCUCAUGAAAUGCUUGUCGCUACCAAAGCAGUCGCUCUAAAUCUGUGUGAUUACAAGAUGCCCCUUAGAUUCCCCACUCCGGGUCUGUGGGAUGGUUGUGACUUUGCGGGCAUCGUCGUCGCAUUAGGAAGCCAGGUCGCAGCCGACGGUCGAUUCAGUCUCGGAGAUCGAGUUGUUGGUGCUGUCCAAGGCUCCAACCAAUCCGACCCUCAAUCCGGGGCAUACUGCGAAUAUAUUCGCGCAGAACCGGACUUCACGUUCCACAUUCCUGACGAUAUGCCCUUUACCACUGCGCCCGGAAUAUCGGGAACUGGAAUUGCAACUCUCGGGGUGGCACUAUUCUGGUCACUACAGAUCACAGGCAAGCUCGACGCUCCGGUCACGAAGCCGGAGGAUGUCCUGAUAUAUGGUGGAAGCAGUACUAUCGGACUACUGGCAAUCCAGAUGGUGAAGCUAUGUGGUUACCGAGUCAUUACAACGUGCUCUCCUCGCAAUUUUGACCUGGUCAGGUCCUACGGAGCAGAUCUUGUAUUCGACUAUAAUUCCCCGACCUGCGCGAAGGAUGUCAGGGCCGCAACCAAGAACACACUUCGAUUUGUCCUCGAUCCGUUCUCAGAGGCCAAGACGUUGCGCUUAUGCCAUGAGGCAAUGGGUCGGACGGGUGGUCGGUACUGCGCCCUGGAGCAGUACGAUAGCAGUCUCUGCGAGCGCAAAACUAUCAAGCAUGAGCUGGUUAUGGGUGGGGCUAUAGCCGGGAAGGGUGUUGAGCUUCCAGAGCCGUACGGGAUCCCGCCUCGUCCGGAAAUUGGAGAAUGGGCGCGCCCCUGGUAUAAGUGCGUCCAGGGGUUGAUUUCAUCUGGCAAGCUUAAGCCUGUACCUGUGGAUAUUCUUCCAGGUCGGUUCGAUGGCAUUCUAAGUGGACUGGAUAUUCUCAAGAAUGGAACGGUGUCUGGAAAGAAGCUUGUUGUUUGCCUAUGA